AUGACCUCCUCUAGCACUGAUAGUCAAGUGCCUGUGGCAUCCAUUGCUAGUCCUUCCAGCAGUGAUUCUUUGACAGCACUCUUUGCUCAACUAAACAUCAACAGCAACAACAGAGUCUCAUUGACCUCUGCCCUGUCUGUGGUCAUACAAAAUGCAGUCAUUGUGGCUAUUCAGGAAGUGGCUGCUGCUGCUGCUCAAGCAGUCACUGUUGCAGCUCCUGCAAUAUCUGCUAUCAUUCCACCUGUGGCCACUGCACCACCCAUCAUCAACUCAAUGGUCACCAUGGCAUCUACUGCAACUAAUUCCACCCCACCGGCAACUACCACACCCCCAACCAUUGUUGCUGCUGCUGUAACUCACAUGCAGGCUCAUCGUGGGGUGGUUUAUAUCACUCCCGAGCCAAAUUAUGCUGGCCCUUUGUACUGGAUCAGCCGUGGGUGUUGCAUUGGUGUUGUUGCGACUUGGUGA